CGACUAACUUCAGAAGCAAAACCAUCGUUGAAUUCCGCUUCAGGUUCCAUUAACAGAACACAACUCGACGAAAGCAUAAGUUGCGUAGACAAGCAUCCGGCAACACCAUACUGUUGGCAUUCCAAUCUUCUUCUUAUUCGCGCUUAAAAUUGGGAUGUGAUUGCAUAGGCAAAUGAAUUUGCAUUUAAUUUUAAUAGAUAUAAUUAGAAUAUUAGCAUAAAAAUCGGUAAAAACACGCAUGUGAGUGUAUAUUUGGUGAAUUUUAGUGAAAUGUUAAAAAAUAUAGAGUGUAAUGUGGCAAAUUAUAGUGAAGUUCCCGAGGGCAUUUUGAAUGUAAAUAAUAAAAAAAUUAUUAUUUCCCGAAUAGUUUAAAGUUAUAAAGAGUGUUCCUUAACACCUCACUAACAUCUCCACCAAGUUUCAUUAAAAAAAACAUUAUAGUUUGCCAGAAAUUCCAAAAUAUACAUUGUUCUAAAUUCCAGCCAAAAAUAAAGUUAUUUUACAAUCGUAAUUUAACGAGUUUUUAUAAAUAAUAAUUAAUGUAAACAGUUUAAAUAUUAUAAAGUAUUUACGAAAGUGAAGCAACUGAGAUCAGUGCGUAUCUUUAUAUGGAUGUGGCGCUGUGUGGUUAACCAAUUUUAAAACCUUUUAUUUUAAAUAACUCAAAAACUAUUUGCUUCCGGCUGGUAAAAGUGUUUAUAUUUGGAGAGGGGAGGACGGUACCACUUUUGCGCCAAAAUCGUUUGUCUCUAUUUUAAAGUUUUCCCUACGUCGGUGCUUCAAGCACUUCUCCGCCAAAGAUUUCACAUCAACAAACAUGAGACGUACUCGACUAACUUCAGAAGCAAAACCAUCGUUGAAUUCCCCUUCAGGUUCCAUUAACAGAACACAACUCGACGAAAGCAUAAGUUGCGUAGACAAUUAUAGAAAGAAUCGUGCGACAUUGGCGCAAUUGCUCUACCUUGUAAACUUUGCGCGUAAGCAUCCGAAAAUAAUUACGUCUAAAUUUGGACCUGUGAGUACCUUAUGGGAAGAACUAGCCGACGAAUUGAAUUCUAUGGAAGGGGCAUAUCGAUCGGCUGAUAAAUGGAGAGAAUCUAUGAGUACGUGGCGAAGUCAAUUGCGGUGUAGAGCACGUCGAGGUAAAAGUAGUGGUGUACCUGAAUUUGAUGAAUUCGCUUCAUUUAAUUUUGGCCAGCAAGCACUAACGAGCGAUACGGAUGAAGUGGAUGACCGGAGUAAUUCAAUCAGAACUCAGAAGAAAUGUAAGGACAUAUUCAAGCACGACGCUGAAACGGAGAUCGUACUGGAACCGGAAGCAGAUAUAGAGAUACAAAAGGAAAUCGUUCCCCCGACAGUCGGUUCUGCUUUACCGGAACGACCCGGAUUUUCAUCCGGCCAAGGACUGUCACUACGGCACAUGUAUGGAAAUGUUAUAAAUGUUGAUACAACAACAACAACAAUAAAAAAGGAAAUCGAUUGCUUUGACGAUGAUGAUAUAAAUAAAGUGACGGCGAUUUGCGAAGAUAUAUCAGAUGAAGAUUCUAAACCGGAUGCUAUUCUUGAUUUUGAAGCUGAAAUGGAUAUGAAAACUGAGAAUGAGCUAGCGAAUGAAGAAUAUACAACUUCUGAGCUGAACACCCCCACAUCAUUAAUAAAUGUGCCGACAUUGGGUUUUCCGGUCACUACACAGUCGCAAAUUUGUGUUACUCUCCGACCAAAUACUUCUUUGAAUGCAACAAUGCUGGCCUCUGGUGAAGCUGACAGAGCAACUACUUCGGAUAAAUCUAAAAAGUCGGUAGAAAAAGCGUGCAAAAAAAGUAAAAUUGCUGUUCUUCCCUGCCCAUCAGAUAUUACGAAUGCCUCAGAUGUGGGGCAUAAAGAAAGACGAGUCUUUACAAUCUCACCCCCAUCAACUUCUUUGAAUAUAUCUACGCAAGCCACAGUUGACACCGCCAAGGACGAAAAAAUUGUUCUUUCCCAUCCAUCUCCAACUACGGCAAAAGAGGUGACGGGCACUGAAAGCUUUAACACCAAACAUUCUACGCAUACGUCCGUACCUGAAGAUACAACAAAUGGAUCGAAAAAACGCAAGAUCACAUCUCUUAAUGAAAUGUACGAAAUCGUUUUAAAGAGCAUAAAUAAGCGAGAUGAACGAGAAGAGCAAAUGAUGGGUAUUUUGCAAGGACUCACAGUUGCCGUAACAAGAUUGACAGAUAACGUUCAGAGACUAGAGGAAGUAUUGACAUUUUGUAAGAAUAAUUAAUAAAAUAAAAGGUAUUAAGAAAUAUUUAUUUUCUA